AUUUAUGUAAACAUUACAUAAUUUGAUGACGAAACGUAAAAAUAUAUAAAGAAAAAGAAAUCAGCCAUGUCUCUGAUAUGUACCUACCUUUUCAUAUCUACAAUGAUAAUGGUGAUGAAGGAGCAUGAGGAAAUCACACACGUUAAGAAUUUAUCACAGAAGAUGAGAUAAUAUAAAGAAAGGUAAAUUUUGCAGGUUAAUCAAUAAACGUCAGUGCUCAAUAUGUAAUAAAUGCAAAAUAUGUAUGAAAAAAUGGUAAUUUUCAAAUAGUUUCAUGGUAAUGGUAAUUUGAAUAGUCAGAUCAAAGUUGAAUUAUCAGAAAAAAUGUAUUGUUAUUAUCAAUGUUCAUUAAAAGUAUAUAAAAAACAAACUGAAUUUUUACAUUGAAAGUGUUUGGAGAAAAAUAUACCUUUUAUAGAUAUCUACAUAAAUUGGGCUUUGAUGCAUUACAGUUAGGAAGUAUAGAUUGGAAAUUGUUUUUCAUUAUUUAAUGAAAUAAUGCCAAUAAGUCGUUUAGAUGUAGUAUAUAGAAAACUUCUGUUAUCUAAAUUUUUCACAAAAGGAUGGGGGUCAGCUGAUAAUUUACAAAGAUUGUUCAAAUUUCGAAAAAUAAUAUCCAACAGAGAUCGUUCUUAUAGAUUAGUGCCAAACACUUAUCCUAUCAAAAUAUUAAAUAUCGCGAAGAAAACUGACUGUAGAAUAAUAGAAGGCAAAUUCCGAAGCCCUUUUGCUAAUUUCCUACCUGGGCUAGUACCUGAAGCAGUACAAGAUUGCUAUUUUCAAAUGUUGCUUCCUUUGAAGUGGAAAAGUGAUUACAAACCAAUGUGCAUUCAUCUAGCAGGGACAGGUGAUCACUAUUUUUGGCGAAGAAGGAAUUUUAUGGCUAAACCAUUAUUGAAAGAAGGUAUUGGAGCUAUUAUAUUAGAAAAUCCAUUCUAUGGUGUUAGGAAACCAAAAAAUCAAAUAAGAUCUAGUCUUCACUAUGUAUCUGAUAUUUUUGUUAUGGGUGGCUGCCUAAUAUUUGAGUGUAUAGUUCUUCUAAACUGGUGUGAAAAAUAUGGUUUUGGUCCUUUGGGAAUUACUGGAAUUUCUAUGGGAGGUCACAUGGCUUCUUUGGCAGCAUCAAACUGGCCCCGACCUUUAGUGUUAGUUCCUUGCUUAUCAUGGUCUACUGCAUCUUCAGUAUUUACAGAGGGAGUAAUGAGUGAGUCAAUAGAUUGGGAAAUGCUUCAAACCCAAUAUAAAUCCAAUAGCUUUCUGUGUAAUCAGCUGUCUAAACAAUGUCAAAUCAUUGAUAACCCCUUUUUGUGUGACCUUGUUCAAAAUUUGCUAGGCAAUAUUUUCAUUAGAUCUGGUGAACAAAAAAUAGAAGCAGUUAAGGAUCUAGAUAUUCUAUUACAUUUCUUUGAUGAUUCGAAUAUUCGCAUGUCCAAUAUAACACCCCACCAACUGAUCAAUGUUUUAAAUAAGUACUGUGAUAUAAAACACACAAUGUCUCCAAUAAAACAACCAUCGCCUAGAAAAGAGUUUACUUCUUUUAAUAUUUGGAAUCCACCUCAACGUCCCAAAUUUAACAAAAAAAUAAUGGAAGUAAAAAUGAAAAACAAAGAAGCCUUGUGGUUCAUGAGAGGUAUGAUGGAUGAAUGUACUCAUUUGAGAAACUUUUGUGUGCCUUACGAUACGUCCUUAGUGAUUUCGGUUUGUGCCGCAACGGAUGGAUAUGUUCCCAGGAAUGGAGUGUCACAGCUGGAAGAUAUCUGGCCCGGAUGUACUGUUAAAUAUAUUAAUUGUGGACAUGUUGGUGGUUACGUAUUUCAUCAAAAACUUUUCAGAAAUGCCAUUAUGGCAGCCUUUGAACGUGCCAAAAAAAAGUUAGGACCACCUCCACCCAGCGAUCUCAAAAUUUAGAAAGACUUCCAGAAAAUAAAUUAUACCUACGUAAAUAUUGUUAAAUUGAUGUCUAUAUUGAGAUAUAUCUAAAACAUUUUGUACAAUUUUUACUGAAACGAUUUAAUAAAAUAAUAAUAGGCUC